UUAAAAAUAAUAAAACAAUAAUUUUUCCGCUAAAUAAUUUUCUAACAACAAAGUUGUAUAUGUGACAAUAUACAUAAGUGGAUAACAGGAACAAGUUCAUUUUGCAUAAAAAAUUGUUCUCUUAUGGAAAAUAAUGGAUUAUUCUCUUAAUAAACGCAUUGAAGCUUUUAAAUAUUUGGCACAAGAAAAGUUGCAAACAAUAUUAUGUUCCAUACCGAACCCUAAAAAUAUAAUAAUAGAAUCGUCUAUUAUUAAAAUUUUGGAACAUAUAUGUUCUGCGUCUUGGAUUAGGUCCAAAGGCGUUGAUAAAAUUUUUCGAUUCGAUCAAAAUAAUGCAACUCCAGUUGAGAAUAAAUCUAAUGUUUACAUUAUAAAUGCUAAUAUAUUAUUACUGAAGCUCGUGCUAGAUCAAAUUCAUUCGCAAAAGGAUGAAAGUCAAAUUAAAUCUGGAAUUAAAAAAUUUCACAUAAUUGUUGUACCAGAUGUGUACCCGUCUUUCCAAACACUUGUAGAAGAAGAAGGACUUUACGGUUACUGUGAGCUUUACAGAUUCAAUUGGGAUUUCGUUCAUAUAGAUGAUAGAUUAUUAUGCUUAGAAAUUCCAAAUCUUUUCAGUGAAGCAUUCGUGAAAAAUGACAUGUCCAUUCUAACUUCUAUUGCACAGAGUAUAAGAACUUUUCAUGUUGUAUUUGGACAACCCGAAAUUACAAUUUGUUCUGGGUUUAAUUCAGUAAAAAUAAUGGAAAUUGUGUCCAAAUUGUUUCAGUCAAAGCCAUUUUCAUGUGAAAAAUUUAAUGAGUCUUCGGCUAUGUUAAUUUUAGAUCGUUCAGAAGAUUACACAUCUUGCUUGCUUUCACCAACAACAUAUUCUGGAUUACUACAUGAAGUAUUCAAAUGCACUUCUGGUGAGCUAGAAUGUAGUCAAACCAAUAAAAUAUCAGCCGGGAAAAAGAAUAUUUUAAAUAUAGAGUCUAGUUCAACCUCUAAUAUUGAUAAACAAAGUAAUGUGAAUGGAAUUGAGAAAAUUUCAUUGCGAAUGUCAGGGAAAUAUGACAAAAUUUACAGAGAAAAUCGAUAUAAGCAUUUUGCAGCAGCCAGCAAAUCAAUACAAGCACAAUCAAAAUCACUAGGUACUGAAUUGCAAAAUUUAUCACAAAUGAAAAUUAGUGAAAUGCAAAGUUAUGUCGCAAAUAAACUUCCGCAGGUAACUUCAUUAAAAAACAAAAUUAUGAAACACAUGAAUAUUUGUGAAAUUGUCAUAAAAGAACUAGCUAAAAAUUUUCAAAAGCAACAGCAAUUAGAAGAAAAUAUUCUAAAUGGAGUGAACCGUAAAGAGAUUUUGGAUAAAAUUAACGAAAUUUCAAUAACUGAUGGGCAUCAACUAAACACUGUUCGCUUGUUGUGUCUCUUUCAUAUUUGCUUAGGUUUAAAUGUGGAUGAACUAAAUUCUUUUGUUCAAAAUUAUUGCAAUAUUUUUGGAUAUAAAAAUUUAUCAAUCUUCAAGAGUUUGUCUAAUUGCAAACUUCUACCUAAAAUGGAAAACUUACCAUUAGAAAAAAACAAAUUUUUGGGAGCCUUACCAAUUGGCACAAAAUUUCAGCAAACAGAAUUUCAAGCAAAUUCAAAUCGUUUGAAACUUUUACCUAGUUCUAUCACAAAUGAAAAUAAAAAUGAUUCAAGCAAGACUUGUCCGAGUUAUGUAUUUAAUGGAAUUUAUAUACCUCUUCUGGCACAGUUAUCGUCAAUUCUUUUGAAGGCUGAAAAUAUCGACGAGUUGUGUACUAAACUGGGUACUGGAUUGAGUAACUUUAAAUGCUAUAUUAACUCUUUAGGAUAUGGUGUUAAUUUAAAAUCAUAUCAAACUGAUUGCAAAAAAGGAUUGCAAAAAGAUGUUUUUCCAAUCAAGCAGACACUUUUUGUUUUUGUAGUUGGCGGAGUUAGUUAUGCCGAAAUUGCAGCAUGUGAUUUUAUCUCAAAUAUGUUUGGAUCAAAAAUUGUAAUAAUGUCAAAUAGUAUUAUUACUGGAAGUGAUUUAGUUAACUCGGUUUAGUUUAAAUAAAAUUUAUAAAUUUAUAGUUGAAUAAAAUUAGUUAUAAAUAACUUUCUUUUAUAUUAAAUGUUUAUGAAUGGAAUUGAAGGAAAUUAAGUGAAAUUUGAGCAAAAAUUCUAUGCUGUAUGCACUUUUAGUGAAAAAUAUAUGUAAU